AUGAAAGAUUCCUCUACUGGAGCUAUUACGCACGAGAUACGCUGCCAGACCUCGGAGCCCUGUGACUGUAGUGAUAACCGCAGCUCCCCAACGGGCGCGUUAGUUUGUUCACCGACUCCUUUGGAUCCUAUUCGCCAGGCAAAGCGGCUCCCUAUCCGGAUACUCAAGAUGUUGACGGCGCACACAAGCCACUUGCUCCACCACCCGGACUACCUGCAGCCCUUACAAUCUGCACCAGUGAACAUUGAGGUAUUGUGAUUAUGUUUCUAUUGUCCUGGUAAAUUGUCACAUCGAUGUGUGUUGUUGUUUGGCAUAUAGCCAAUUCAAUCCACCUUUUAUUCUCUCAACACUGUGGUGCGUUUUUGCGCAAAGCAAGUACCUCGGCUUUUAGCCAACAAUGCGCAAUAUAAGUCCGUGGUAGGCCUAUUUAUUUUCUUGAUGCGCACAGUCAGGGAAUUUUGAAAAGUAAUUCCCUGACCGUCUUUACUCAUAGACUACAUCCUCUGGGCUGCAGAUAGUCCGAGUUACCGUUCCCACCAUUUUGCUUAAACUUUGUAGGCAAUACAUCAAUUCCAUAAAACUAGCCCUAGCCUACAGCACGAAAUCGUUAGGCCUACUGCCAAUAUUUCGUAACAAUGACUGUUAACAACAGUAUUUAUUAGUAGGCUAUUUUAUGAACGUUAAGAUUGUAAUUCCUAGGGGGCCCAGUGCCUGUGUUACUGGCCAAAUAAUUAUUAACUGACAAUAGACAUAGGCCUACAGUUCUGUCUGUCUGUCUGUCUGUCUGUCUGUCUGUCUGUCUUUCUGUACCUGUAAAAGUUGAGUGUGUGUAUACGUUUUCCUUUCCACAGAACCUUUACAUUCAACGUUGUGAAAAGUGGUUAAACUUAACUUAAAGUAUUGUUAUUUUUUCUCUAGCUGGAUGCCAAGAAGAGUCCCCUGGCCCUGCUGGCUCAGACCUGCUCCCAGAUCGGCAAGCCUGACCCUCCUCCCUCCUCCAAGCUAGGCUCCAUCUCCUCUAACGGCCAUGGUGAUAAGGACCAUAAUGGACGCGCCUCUUCCUCCUCCUCCAAUCACAAACUGGGAGACCACCGGCCCAUAAAGGACGACAAGUCCAGCUUCAAGCCAUAUAACAAAGUAGGGGGAGACAGUCGGAGGGAUGGGGUUAGUAGCUCUAAUAACAGCUCUGAUAAGGCCGGGUUCAGGGUACCGAGUAAUGGGAAUGGAGGUUGCUAACAGUAACUCAUCAGGUUCUUGUCCGUCCUUUCCACCACACGCCAUAUCUCCCAACUCCAGGGUGGGUAGUGGGACGCCCCCUCAGCACACACAGCAGCCAUCGUCCCAGACACACAGACAGAGCCAGUCGCCACAUGGACAACGGGGUUCCCACUCUCAGACUCUGAAUGGAGAACACAAACAGGAACAGGCCAGUCCACACAGGAACAGUAACAGUAGCAGUGGCGGCCAUCUUAAAAAGGAGUCGGAUGUGAAUAAGGUUAAUUUGGACAGUCCCCAGCUGGCUAACUCCAGCCACGCCAGAGCCAGCACCAACUCCAGCACAGGCAGCUCUGAGGGAAGCCCCAGCCACGAGGGGCCCAAGGCGGACUCCCAACCACCACAGCCUGUCCUGGGUCCUGGACACAUUGCGCCCAUCUCCCCAUACAAGACUGGCCACUCUGUCUUCCCCCUGUCAUCUUCUGGAAUGGGCUACCAUGGCUCUGUAGUGGGCGGCCUAUGCUGGAUACCCCUCCCAGUUUGUCCCAGGGUUGGACCCUAACAAGUCUGGUCUGGGAGGUGGGGGUGUGGGGGUGAAGCACCACAGCACCACUGGUGCCUCUCCCCCGUCCUUCAUGCAGGGCUUUUGCAGGGACCCUUACUGCCUCAGCUACCCCAACGCGCCCCACCUGGGGAGCAGCCACCCCUGUGUCCACGACCCCUCCUCCGCCCUCAAAACAGGCUACCCAGGCUUGGUCUACACCUCCCACCCCCUCCACUCCCUCCACCCCAGCACUAUGUCUUCCAGCAUCACCCCCACCCUGUCUCACCCCCUCUACACCUACGGCUUCAUGCUCUCCAAUGACCCCAUGCCUCAUGCCUGUAACUGGGUGUCGGCUGGGGGGCCUUGUGAUAAACGCUUCUCCACCUCAGAUGAGCUGCUGGCCCACCUACGCACACACACCUCCUUACCUGGAGGGAUGGACAGUAAGCUCCUCUCUGCAUACCCCUCUGUCUCCUCCUCCUCUGCUGCCUCCUGCCACCUCCACCUCCCCCAUCAGAGCCAGACCUCCCUGCAGAACUCCUUCUCCCUCAGGGCUCCUCAUACCCUGGGUCUGGCCAGGUACCACCCCUAUGGUAAAGUCCACCUGCCCCCUGGACCUACCUCCAUCCCCCUGCACUCCCUCCAGGCUGGUUCUCCUUACUACCCCCACUACGCCCUUUAUAGCCAGAGACUGGGCUCAGCAUCUGCCUUGGGCUACCAGUGA